AUGUCGGAUUUGGAUCUAAAUGCAGGCGAGAACAAAGGCGUUUUCCACCCCUAUGAAAAUGCCAGUCUCGGCGCGACACGACCUGCCUAUUUGCCCAACUCUGGCUUCUGUGAGAAGAGGCAACACAAACGUUCAAUAAGUGAACAAAUUUUCAACCCCCGACACGUGCAUACACGACGUCCUCGACAUCGAAGCAAGAGCAGGGAUACUCUGUUAGAUGGUGGCGGUGUGGGGCCAAUGCUCCACCCUGAAAGGGGCUCCCUCUUCGAGGGUUACAUGGGUGAGGAGGAGCAGGAGUACUACAGUGACUAUUUGCCUCCUACGGUGGAACCCAUUGCACAGUCGGCUACCUCGACAGGAAAGGCGUCUCAUUUCAGACAGGUGUUAAAAAUGAGAAAUAAACGAAGACGGCAAAGUCGAAAUGUACGUCUGUCCCUAGUUUUUUUUUUGUAUGACAUCAUUCCAUCUCGUGCACUUGCUUUAUAGCCACUGGGCAUCCGCUUUGAGUAGAGCACAACGUGCGUGUGUAAAAAGGACUGACGAGUGUAGCUGUUACAGAUAAAAGGAAUUUUGUUUGACUGGCGUUUUGGAUUCUAAUCCAAACUCAUCACCAGUGGCAGUCACAGAUGUGAGAAGCAACAACGCGGGGUAAUUUGAAGCAAGCAUAGGCGGCGGAAUUUAUUGGAACCGAUAAAUUUCGCGACGGCUUAUCAUCUGCAGUCUGUCGUUGCCUAACACAGAUAACAAGUGAGAAAGAUACAGAGGUUUGAGCUUCCGCAGCGAAAAUCAAAAUAAAACAGCAAGGUCAUCGUAUACUGCACGCAGGCUAGUCAACAAAAUGGCAAAUUAAAAAUGCAACUUGGGAAAGUAAAGGGUGAAGUUGACACGCAGAGAGGUUCGCAAAUCAAGGGGUUGAAAUUUACCAGGGCAAGCUGAGGUUGAACACGUGGUAUAGCUGUUUGCAUAGGUCGGGUUUCUUCGUCGUAAGUAGGCCGCCUCCAAGUAGCGCAGUAACCGAGUUGUUCGUGUCCGAACUAAUACUCUAAAAGAUGUUUUAGGGUCAACGGAAUGGCCGCUAUCUAGAAAACUUUUUAAACCCGAAUUGUACUCUUCUUUUGAGUAUGAAACUGGAAGAAGACGUGAUUUUCUAUCGAAUAAGUAAAAGAAUGAAUAUUUUUAUGCAUGUUUUCCAUGAAAUAUAAUUGACUUUUCAGGGGCAUCGAAAAUCAAUGAGAAAAUUGCAUGUUACUUAAGUAGCCAUUUUUUGCAGAGUAUAGGUCUUACAUGCAGCCGAAAAUAAGUUCUUUCGAAAGCCGACACCCUGAGGUAACUGGAUCAUCAUAGAUUUAUGGUGCAUCAUGAUUAGUUUUACAACACUACUUAAUUUAUCUUUUCGAAACGAGAACGCAUUUCGAAGGUUUGGUUGACAUUUCAUGAGUUAACACAUCUACUGUAGGUGCUUUGUGACAGAAGAUCGUGGAAUUUUGUUCUCCUGCUUUAGAAAUAAUUACGCAGGUUCCAAUUAAUUCUGCUGUCUAUGAUUGUUUCAAAUUUAUCCUAGGGAAAUAUUUCAUUAACAUAUGGUAACUAAAAUUCUUGUUCCAACGAUCACAUCUUCUUCCGUUCAAUCGCCUUCCGGGACUUGCCUUUUCGCUUGCAUCAGCAAGUAAAGCCUCUUUUCGAAAACAGUCGUUAAUAGUAAAUUUUCUGCAAGCCAUGCUAUCACUAUCGUCGUUGCUUAAACACGAGUCGUGUCUGGUGUUUACUUUAGAUUGUUUUAAAUCAACUGGUCUUGAGCUUCACUGAAUAAAUCUCCUGAUGUAUGUAAAGAGGACUGAUGAGUGUAGCUUUUAGAAAACAGGAAUUUUAUUCAACUGACGUUUCGGGUUCUCAUUCAAACCCAUCACCAGGGACAGUCACAGAUGUGAGGAUCGACAACGUGGGGUACCUAAAAUUCUUGCCUCAAUGACCGCAUCCUCCCCUAUUCAAUCGCUUUCUUGGACUCGCAUUUUUGCUUUCAUCAGCAAGUCGAAUACAGUCGUUAAUAAGGGAUUUGUUGCUGUCGUCGUCGUUGCUUAAGCUCAAGUCGUGUCUGGCGUUUACUUUGGAUCGUCUCAAAUCAACUGGUUUUGUGCUGCGCUGGAUAAGCCUCCUGAUGUGCAGUGAACGACGCACAGGCUGCCACGAACUCUUGACCUCAACACAAUAGGUACUGAAGGAAUGCCCAAAGUCCUCUUUGAUAAAUUCUUCACGGCCGCAGGUAUCAUCUACGGAGGAUCGACCCAGUGGUUGGUCCGCCUAGGAUCCUCAUACAAUCUCGGGCAAUACUGCAGUUGUGAUCUGCUACUUUAUUAUAUGCAGAAUGAGAUUAAUGGCGAAUACAAGGGCGCCUAAAGUCGCCACUUCUGGCUCAUUAGCCGUCGUCAAUCCACGGCCCCAGGUUUGCGGCCCCGAAUGUUCUUUGAGCAAUACCGAAAAUGCAUAGGGUUAGGCUUGCUGUAAAAAGCAUAUGUAUGCUCAAGAAGGCCAUUCUACUGACUUUGAUAGGAAGCAGCUGAAAUAUUUCCAAAAAUAUGACCUAAGCCUAAAGUAGCGUGCUUCAGCAAUCGUAGUUUAGUUUCUUCAAUAAUUUUGGUUGAAAUUCUAAAGUUGAAACGCCGUACUGUUGGUAAAGUCUGCUGUAGUACUCGACCGGCCGAAACAUUGCCUCAACCUCCAAGGCAAAAACUAGUGAAGAUUUAAUUUCGAUCAUCAUUUGGCCAAGUUGGCUGACCGUCUGGGGAAUCCACUCCAAACUUGGAGCAUCAUUAAACGUCUGGGCAAGGGCGUGGCUUAUGGCCGAGGUUACUUAGUCCGGGGAGCAAUUGUGCUGAAAAAAUAACUGGCGAUAUUUAUUUGUACAUUCCAGAGAAAAGAAUAAAAAGACGUCACGGUGGCUGCUACGUGAGGGUGGCCAAUAUGCUUUAAGGUGGUCAUCGGAGUAAAAGUACGGAAAUGCAAUGCCUUUUUUGACAACGACUUCAAGGGAUCGUUUUCAAUAAGACAUUCCACAGACAAGUGGGAUCUACGCUGCCAAUUAUGUUGAUACUUCGCAUAACUUAUCAGCACUGUCAACCAUACAUGCAACGGUAGUCUCUUUUUUAGAAACAAGCGUGAAAGUGAAACUGGAAUUUUGAGCAUGGGUGUUGUAUGAUAAGUCAAACCUCACCCACAUACGUGGAGUUUACAUGAAAUUAUAAAAUGCCUUCGAGUAAGCGCCUGACUUGUUCUCAGUGGACGGGGUGGGCUAAGAUAAGUUGCUUUAAAGGGGAACAAAAAGUAUGGACAGGGCUUGCUGCAGUUGCUUGCUUUAACUCCCAUCAGUCGCCUUGUGAAGCAUAUUCUCAAGACCGUCAUUUCCAUGAACGUUUGACUUUCAUUUUCACAAUAUUCAGAUUGUAUGACAUGUACUGCAAACCCCGUUCAAGUUCAGGAGCGUUCUGGCCGCAGAGUGACAUAUGAUGUCGGGGCUGAGGCCGAAGGCUGUUUGUCUUGAUAAAUUGCCACGGCUAAACACCUCCAUCUGCCAGCACUGACAUUUGUUUAAGGGUAAUAUUUGUCGAGGCUUUUGCAUCUGGACCCAAAUGUCUUCCUCGCAUAUGUCUCUCCGCUCGGUAUUGCCGUGAAUGCCUCCGCCUGUUGCACAUACUUCGGCAUUUCAGCGGGUCUAAUUGGAGCUGCUUAGGUAGUUCGUUUUAAAUAGUUUCCAGAUUUACUUUGUGAAUUCCCGCACAUAAGUUGCGUGACGUUUUAAACAAUAAGGCGAACGUUUCUGCAGACCGCACGCACUCAGUACCUCAAGGGUUGUUUAAAUGUCCCCUUCUCAGGGUCUUCCGCUGCUUUGUAUUUUAUUCGUCCAUUGAGUGGUUGCUUGGCAAAGCAGUCAGCCAUCAUCGAAGUUUUCUAUAAAUUUCCGAGAAAAAAAGUAGUAACUCACCUGUAAGGAACUAUAAAGCGAUCACUCAUAAUACCCCUACCUAGCCACCGAAUAUACAUGCCUAUCAGGGGAUGUCAAUUCGCAGGUUCUGGAAAACUUUGAACAUUCGCUAAACUCAGUCACAACUUGUUGGACUGUUUGGCUAUGAACGAAUACCUUCAGCUAGUUUCUGCAUCGCUACGCUAGCUGACAAGUAGAAAUCAAGGGGUGCACAAAUGUUUGUUUUUAAAGAACAGCCGUACAAAAUGGGAUUAAACGACUGUGUGGUUAAAAUUUUGCCAAAAAAUCCGAAGGAGCUCUGAUCGAAGACAGAUACAGUGCGUGACCGAUCUCAUGAAAUGCUAGUCGAAAUUCUGAAAGAUGUUUUCGAUUAGGAAUAAUUACUUAGGUGAAAUUGUAAUAUUGAUUAGCAUGAAGUAUAAUCCCAUAGUAUUUCGGACUAAUCAGGACGUCGGCUUUUGACUGCACUUCUUUUUUGCCUCCUGCAGAAACCACACUCGGUAAAAAGUGACUGCUUAAAUAGCAUGCAUUUUUCCUAUUGGUUUUCGAUGGUCUUGUAAAUUCGAAUAUAUUUUAUAAAAAACAUGCACAUAAAUAUAUUUUUUUCACUUUUUUGGUAGAAAAUCACAUGACUUUGUAUUUUAUAUCCGAAGAAAGUGUCUAUUUAGGUUUUUAAAAAGUUUCUAGUUAUCAAGUUUUUAAGACCGUGCGAUGUCCGUGCAUACAGGGCCGCACAUGUCCGUUUACCAAUGCUCCCCAUGAAAUGUACAGCACUGUCCGGAUCCAUUACAAAAUUUUAUGAAUUCUAUAUGAUAUCUUCUUAAAGACACAGAGGAAUAUAUGAUUUGCCUUACGCGGAAAGCAUGCAACUUGUAGACUGAAAUCACUAAACGCUAAUGCAAUGGCAGAUCGGACUCAAAAUUAUUCAGGAAUUAGGAAACUUUUUUAAAACCUAAAUAUACACAUUCUUCGGAUAUAAAAUACAAAGUCAAUGUGAUUUUCUACCAAAGCAGUGAAGGAAAGCAUAUUUAUGUGCAUGUUUUCUAUAAAAUAUAUUCGAAUUUACAAGACCAUCGAAAACCAAUAGGAAAAAUGCAUGCUAUUUAAGCAGUCACUUUUUACCGAGUGUGGUUUUUGCAGGAGGUAAAAAAGAAGUGCAGUCAAAAGCCGACAUCCUGGUGAGUCAGAAAUACUAUAGGAUUAUGCUGCAUGCUAACCAGUAUUACAACUUCACAUAAGUAAUCCUUCCAAAUCGAAAACGCAUUUCAGAAUUUCGGUUAACAUUUCAUAAGAUCGGUCACGUACUGUAUAAGUAGGAUCGAUCAGCCAAAUACUUCAGCGAAACGUUAAGGUCUUCCGGUAAUAAAUUCAUAGCCCAUCCCAUUAUCCAAAAAUCCAUCCUCAUACCAACUUUUAGCAAGAUAACAUGAGAGUUAUUAUUUCCACAAAAGAAAGUGAUCUCACAGUUAUUCAAAUUUCCAUAAAAGACGGACCAUAUUUUUAGGCUAUGAAGGUUGCGUAGAUCGGAAUUUUACAAAUCACGCCUUUGUUUAGCCACAGCGAAGAAAGCAUUAUCUAGUGAGUGCUUUCACUCAGUCAACACAACGAACGCAACUGGAAAACUCACUGAACGAUGCCCUCGACGUGACUCACUUUUGCGCCCCAGACUCCAUCCUCUUUUGAAGUAGCUAUUGUGUAGAUUCCUAAAAAUCAAAAGUUAACAAAGCACUAGGAUCUUUCCGAAAUACGGCGCCCUCGGAUUCUGUCUUAAGAGCCGCCUCGACAUAAGGUGACAACGGCGGGUUGAAACUUGACUUCCCUGUGGCUUAGCGUUUUAAAGCAAAAUAAGAUGCGCUUGAGGCAGUUUGCCGAGCACAUGACUGACACACCGCUUGCGGUAUGAAAAUUUUUUUAUCGUCAUCUGAAAGUCAUUUUAUCCCUGACGCUUCCAGUCCCGCCCGCUGGAAAGUUGAAGCUUUUGAGGCAUCUUACGUACAGACGGAACUUGAUUGGCUAGCGUUUUGAUAAGUGACUUCGGGAUAUUAAAAAGUCGCCCAUAAGCCGACGGGGUGACUUGUAAAGCAUCUUCAGUAAGUUGUCUUCAAAAAAAUUACACAUGAUGCCAGUUAUCCCAAUGUUUUAUUAGUUUUUGUAAAAGUAUGUGCAUGCUAGUGGCUUGGUGCCACAGUGUUGGACUUGACGGUCGUUCGCGCAGGUCCAGUAACCCAGAGGUGAAGUCAAACGACAAAUGCAUUGCAGUAGCAAAAAAUUGUCCGAAUUUUCGUGAAUAAAGUGCUCCACUUCCGAAAGUGGUUUGAUUCAAUGACAUUCGAGCGACGGACAGAAAUGUGCAAUAUUUUGCCACAAAAAUACCUACAUUUGCAAAGAUUCCUAAUGAAAACUCCAAAGGCAAUUUGGCGAGCAUAUGUCUGCUUCCGACAAAUUCUCUUCAGGCCUGUACAUUUAUGUGGCCAUUGAAAUAAUAAAUAGAAAGUUACGGCCAAGUAGAUAAUUCUGCUGUAGCUCGGGUUUGGGGAGAAGGCGGGAGAGUGAAACACCAAAAUUCCAGUCAGCGCCAGGGAGCACGUAGGCCCCGAGCAAAGGGCUUUGCUAUGUGUCAAGACACCAUGUCGACCACUCUCAUAUGAUUACAGUAAGCGGGCUAACUCAUGAAAUGUCAACCGAAAUUCUGAAAUGCGUUUUCGUUUCGAAAAGAUUAAUCAAGUAGGGUUGUAAAACUGGUCGGCCUACAACAUAAUUCUAUAAUACUUCAGUUACCUCAGGAUGCUGCCUUUCGAACGAACUUCCUUCGAAUGCAUACAAAAAUUAUACUCUGUAAAAAUGACUACUUAAGCAGCAUGCAUUUUCACCAUUGGUUUUCGAUGCCUCUCAAAGUCCAAUUAUUUUUUAUGGAAAACAAGCAUGAAAAUAUUGAUUCUUUCGCUCAUUCGGUAGAAAUAUAGUCUUUCGAAAGCCGACACCCUGAGGUAGUUGGAUCAUUAUAGAAUUAUGCUGCAUGAUGAUUGGUUUUACAACCCUAUCUAAUUAAUCUUUUAGAAUCCAGAACGCAUUUUGUACUUUCGGUUGACAUUUCAUGAGUUAGUUCACCUACUCUAUCUAGGUACAAUAUACCAACAUAUAAAUACGCAAAUACCAGGCUUAAGAUUUAUUUAUCAUAAAAGUCAGACCGUUGAAACUGGCAGCCCUAUGUACUUCAGAGUCAGAACAAGGUUGAUUCUGUGCGCUCUAGGGUUUUUACCGGAAGAUGGAUGCCAUUUUUGACUUACGUCCCAAAUGAUCGCGAAAUCAGCCCAUGUAUAGCUUUCAUUGUGUCUAUAGACAUUUUCAUCUCCCAUCUUCAUUUUGUUCAGAUGUCAACGAGAAUAGGAUUUGAGCGGCUACCUAAGUAGAUACUAGAUUGCUGCAUAAUCCGUAGGGCUACGUAAGGACCAUUGCAAACUGGACCCAACCGUUGCUUGCGCGUGGAUUCGCACGGCACCGACCUCACUUUCUUCUGAUAUUUUGUAUGUUGCAGCACCACGACAAAGUAAAGAUGACAGCGCACACAGCUGAACGCAUUGACUGAUCAGGCUUUUUUUCUUUGUCAUACUACAGCACUCAGUAGCGAAUAAUGCCUUAAUUUAUGAUCGCUUUCCAAACUAAUGUUUCCUUACUUAUCCAACGAUAUAACGUCAUAAACUCACCUUAAUCUACAGUAAAAAUGGAAGAUUACUAAGCAUCUAUCACAAUGGAAGUCGUUAAUUACUUGAGCAAGAUCUUAUUUCGCAGCCGUACCUGUUAGGGCUUAGGGGUUGUGGUUAGGUGUAGGUGCUUGUCUACUGCAACUACGGCUACGAAUUGAGAUCCGAUCAUUACUCGUUUAUAGAGAAUAAUCUAAAUGUCCUGUGUAGGUGCUUGUCUACUGCAAAUACGGCUACGAAAUGAGAUCCGAUCAUUACUUGUUUAUAGAGAAUAAUCUAAAUGCCCGGUGUAGGUGCUUGUCUACUGCAAAUACGACUACGAAUUGAGAUCCGAUCACUACCUGUUUAUAGAGAAUAAUCUAAAUGUCCGAUGUAGGUGCUUGUCUACUGCAAAUACGACUACGAAUUGCGAUCCGAUCAUUACCUGUUUAUAGAGAAUAAUCUAAAUGUCCGGUGUAGGUGCUUGUCUACUGCAAAUACGACUACGAAUUGAGAUCCGAUCAUUACUUGUUUAUAGAGAAUAAUCUAAAUGUCCGGCUAUUGCGCUAAAAAGCCUGCAUUUCUUUAUGUAUUACUGACGGCUGGAAUUGUGCGUCUUUACAGCAGAUGUUGCGUGAACUUAAUUGGUCAUUUGUUAAUAUGUUUGUCUGUAAUCAAAUACAGUGGGGGAGCUAAUUCAUGAAAUGUCGGCAUAAACUCCGAAAUGCGUUUCCGUUUCGAAAAGAUUAGUUAAGUAGGGUUGUAAAACCAAUCAUCGUACAACAUAAUUUUAUAGUAAUUCAGUUACCCCAGGAUGCCGGCUUUCGAACAAACUCCCUUUCAGUUUCAUAUAAAAACAAACGCACAAUAAUUACUACUUAAGUAGUAUGUAUUUUCUCAUCGAUUUUCGAUGUCCUCAAAUAUUUAAUUAUAUUUCCUGGAAAACAUGCAUAAAAUGUUCAUUCUUUUGCUCAUUUAGUAGAAAAUUACGUCUUCUCUCAAUUUUGCACUCGAAGGGAGGGUAUAAUUCGGUUUCAAAAGAGUUUCUAAUUGUGAAUUUUUUUAAAACCGUGUAACGGCCGUUCAUAAAACGCAAUCUCUCUGCAUUUACGAAUGUGUCUUGUAAAGUUAACAAUAUUGCUCAAAUUCACUGCUAAGUUUUAUGAACCCCAUGUGGUCUCCUCUUAAUACCGUGGAAAAAUGUAUGGUUUUCUCUACAAGGAAAAUAUAAGGCUGGCAGUUUCGAAACCCUGAAUGCAAGUGUAACAGCAGGUCGGAUUCAAAAUUAUUCGGGAAUCAAAAAAGUUUUUUAAAACCAAAUAUACUCUUCUUCUGAGUAUAAAAUCGGAAGAAGACGUGAUGUUCUAGCGAUCAAGUGAAAGAAGGAUUAUUUUCAUGCAUGUUUUCCAUGGAAUAUAAUUGAAUGUUUCAGGGCAUCGAAGGUCAGUGAGAGAUUGCAUGCUACUUAAGUAGUCAUUUUUUGCAGUAAAUAGAUCCGACAUGCUAUCAAAAAUAAGUUUUUUGAAAGCCGAACUUCUGAGGUAACUGAACUAUUAUAGAAUUAUGCUGCAUGAUGAUUAGUUUUACAACACUAAUUAAUUAAUCUUUUCGAAACGGAAGCGCAUUUCAGAAUUGCUGUUGACAUUUCACGAGUUAGCCCAUUUACUGUAUUUCAAAUCACUUAGAUAGGGCGCUUUUUGUAAAGCCAUCUCAAGUAGAACAAUUAUUAUUUAAGGUUUUGAGAACCUCACUUAGGAGUAAUGUUUUGUCAUCGUAAUUGAUACGCAAGUGGAUCUCUCGCUUGUUUGCAAACAAGCCGUACUCUGAACUAACUUCCAAUAGCUUGCAAAUUAUGGGUUCACAGAAAGGCCUGGUUUACUUUCUUUUUGGAAGCUGAGCUGUGUUUCUUAUGUUCAUGUGCUUUAAAACUAACUUGGAAGGUCCGAGGUAUCAACGCACCUUUAUAUCGACUCUGGCUUAAAGACAGUAUUCAUCCUGGUGUUCAUACCAUAUUCUAACAGACCGCCAUAGAGCCAAUCUUUUUAAUCAUUUUGGAGAAUUACACAUUACUAAGCAGAGAUCUCUCAAAUUCAGACGUGCCGAGACCGUAGAUUCUAAGAUUCACAAAAAAUCUAUGACUCAAGUGUGUCUUGUGAAUUCCAGGCGGACUGUUUGGGGUAUUCGGUUGGACAGUCAUCGUACGGCAUUAAAAUUAAUGAAUUCCAUACUAUGCAGUUGGCUGGGCGGGUAACUUGACACAAAUGGAAUUCAACACACGGCUCUCGGUGAGCCUUUUAACUAAGACGACUAGAGUGUUGGCUGUACCCAGGCCUCCUUCUUUCUGUCUUGCGUUCGGAUUUAACCGAGGUUGCUGAGUCUAUCGUAACUGAGCCACAUGGAUUAUUCAAGAUCUUCAAAAUUGCCUCAUAAGAAUGGUUUCUCGAAAAUGAUAGGACAGCGAGUGCGCGGCUCAAUGAUAGAGCAUUGGACUACUUAAUUCUCAAUGGCCAAAUGACCCGGGUUAGAAUUCUAUGUUGUCCAGGUCAGUGGCUGUGCGUCGCUAACUGACGAUGGCCAAUAGGAAAGAAAUGACCAUCUUACUCUGAUCUUCUUUUUUCCGCUUUCCUUGUUAACCAAAAACGCAUUAAUUUUACCAAACUCCUUGAACGUUUUGUCGGCUCUCUAAAAUACUGACAAAAAGAAUGGCUAUAUUUGCCGCAAACGAAGCAAAGGAAAGCCGACCAGGAACUUCUGUCAUCAUCUGACAGAUACUCAUAUCUCUGGUCCUGGUGUACUCCGCGAACAAGAUAAACAAUAUAUUUGAAGUUCGUCCGUCCUUGGCCCUCUUUGCUCGUUAAAAGGGCCUUGAGAGAAAUUCAUCAUGUCAAUAAAUCCCGAUUAUGUGGAACUUAGACUCCUGUGGAAAAGACACGUAAAUAAGGUGUUCCAUUAAAUUUAAAACAUAAUGAAACUUGGAACCUGUGCCAACGGACUCAACCCACUUGUGUCCUUACUUGAUAAAAUUAUAAGAUUGGUGUUGGUAGUGGAGUAUGCACCAGCACAAUUUAUUUCAUUCGCUUUGGUGUCCUCACAUGCGUAUGUAGGCAGACCUUCUUUCGCUUUUCAAGUUUUAUUCGACAAAUAGCACCCUGAUCUUCACUACUUUCUGACAUUCUAGUGAAUAAAAGCAAUACAUCGUAUUCUUCUACAUUUAAGUAUACGUCGCAAUAGUGAGAUGUUUUUUGGUACAUUUUUGAUUUAUACCCUUACAAAUAAGAGUUCCCAGUGAGAAUUUAAUUAACCUGUAGUGAACGACUGUCAAAAAGCAGGAUCUUUUAGGUCUGGAAAGACGAGAAGAAAAUUAACAAGUAGAGGAAACUUUUCUAACAUCCUGAAGCUGCCAGUUAGGCGUUGGAUCUAACCGUUGUACGUCUUAAUGUGUUUCGCCUUAAAUUACGUGCAAUCGCUGAACACAAACUAAAUGCUGCGCCCAACGUGGUAUUGUGCAUGCACAAUUGUAUCGUUUCAUUUUAGGCUGGAAAUAGUUGCCGGUCUAUUCUUUUUUUAUGAUAAUUAUCGUGUUACACAUUGAGUGUUGCAAUGGAAGUGAACAAAUGCAUUUUGACAGAAAAAAUAUUUAUCCCGCUUGCAUGAGUUUCCUGUUAGUAAAAUAUGGUCCUCAGUUAGAAAACGUGACUGCAGUUAACAUGAGCAAGAACAAGAACAGUUGCAAUUGAACAGGAAAUGGGGGAAUUUAUGACUUCGUCAAAGUCAGUGUGCCUCUUUGCUUUUGACUUGUUUAAAUUCAGUCUGGGAAAGCCACGUUUUAUAGCUUCUGACAGUCGGUUUCUGUGCCAUUGUGAAAGGUCAGGAUAAAACAUUUUGCGUUCUGAUGAUCGCAUGUUCCGCCUCUUCAAUGCAUAAAUGUGUUUACGAACAUAUAAGCAGAGAAGUCGUUUCUGACACACCUUAAGACGCCAUUAGUACUUGACGACCUUCCAAUAUCAUUUUUCGAACGAUGGUGUCUUCAAGAAGAGGAGACGUGGACGUUUUAUGCCCGAUAUGCUGAAAUGAACGGCUCGUCCUCACAGAUCAUUUGAAAAGCCAGCAUUUUGAGCGUUUUCCGAAGACGCUGUAUUCCAAGUCAUAAAACUGUGUACUGUGGUGGUAAGCGCUAAACACCUGCGAUAUAGGUGGAGUAGAUAAGACCGGCUUACGGGCUUAGACAUAAUCAGCCCAUUUUGACUCGUACAAAGAAUGCACAUCUUGCAUUUCUCUCAUAAAACGCCUUUUCGCUUACCUGGUGGCAAAGGCUUGUACUAUCUAGUUACCGGUCGAGCCCCAGAAACACUUCGUCAUUUUUCUGAGCUCUUUAUCUUGCGCAGAAAGAACAGUGACAACAGAACAAGCGACAGUUAUAGGCGGUAUGAACCAAUAAAAACGGGAUGACGAGGCCAGAUCAAUAAAUCUAAAGUAAGUGGGCUGAAAUAUCAAUCAAAAUUCCGAAAUGCGUUUUAAUUUCGAAAGAUGAAUAAGAUGGGGUUGUAAAACUAGUCGGCCUGCAACAUCAUUCUAUAAAAUUUCAAUUACCUCAGGAUGCCGGCUAUCGAACGAACUUCUUUCCGGCUACAUGCGAAAACCACACUCUGCAAAAUAUGACUACUUAUGUAGCAUGAUUUUUUCUCAUUUAUUUUCGGUGCCCCUAAAAGUCCAAUUAUCUUUAAUGAAAAACAUGCACAAAAAUAUUCAUUCUUUUGCUCAGCCGGUUGACAAUUACGUCUUCUUUUAAUUUUAUACUUGAAGUAUGGAGAUAAUUCGGUUUCCAAAAACUUUUCCAAUUCCCGAAUAAUUUUGAGCCCACUCUACCGUUACACUUGGAUUUAGGGUUUCCAAACUACUAGCCAUAUAUUUUUCGCGUACGGAAAACCCCACACUUCUCUACGGAGCUAAAGGGGAACUAUAUAAGAUUCACAAAAUUUAGCAGUGGAGUUAAUCCACAUUGUUAACUUUACAAGCCACAUUGGUAAAUGAAGAGACAUAAAGUUUAAGGAACGGCCAUUUCACGGUAUUUAAAAGUCCCACAAUUAAAAGCUUUUUUAAAAUCGAAUUAUGUCCUCCCUUAAGUAUAAAAAUAGAAGAAGAUGUAAUUAUCUACCGAAUGAGCAAAAGAAUGAAUAUUUUUUGCAUGCUUUCCGUGAAAUAUAAUUGGAAAUUUAGGGGCAUCGAAAAUCAAUGAGAAGCAUGCAGGCUACUUAGAUACUCAUUGUUUGCAGAGUGUGGAUUUUGCAUGUAGCCGGGUGGAAGUUCAUUCGAAAGCCGGCCUCCUAAGGUAACGAAAUAUUAUAGAAUUAUGUUGCAGGAUGAUUAGUUUUACAACCCCACUUAAUUCAUCUUUUCGAAACGGAAACGCAUUUCGGGAUUUCGGUUGACAUUUCAUGAGUUAGUCCACCUGCCGUAUUAAUUAAAUUUUCAUCCUCGGCUUAUCUUGCUUCUGGAGGGGUCGAGUUACCAAUCGACUAUCCCGUAAUCAAAGGCAAGCCUUCCUGUAAUCUAGGCUUUUUCGGAGAACUGUGGACUAAUAGAAGACUGCGAUCGAUGAGUGAUUGUCUUCCGUGGAUAGGAGGACAAGCGUACUCAGAGCAGGUAUGCAAAAUACUCGUAGCACUUGUUUGUGGAAAACCUCUUACCAGUGCAUUGUACGCAGAGUCUGGCCUGACAGUUUUUUACAUGAUAUCUGACACCGCUGCUUCCAGUUAACAACUUGUAGUGGAGUCCUAUCGGGCACAGCAAUCAUAAAAAGGACCCAACUAAUCACGUGUCGCUUUUGAAAUUCUUGAUUGGCUGCCUUCAAGGAAAAUAAGUCCGCUAUCUAGAGAUUGACGAAAUAAUAUUUUGUAGGGUCGGAGCCAGAGUGCAGACGUUUUUUUUUACGGGAUGAGUGCUCUUGGUGGUUUUUUUAUGAGAUUGAAGAAAGUGAGGAUUUAUGGAUCGGCAAAGGAAACACCCCUCUUCACAUCUGAAUGAAUAGCAGUAUCACAGCUUUAAGCCUUUUGGCUUCUGGAAAGGGAAAGCUUAUCCAGCACUGGAAUCGCCUGCUUGCUCUUCUAGCUUAACUUUCUCAUAAAAAGUGCCAUCGUCGGAGUCGAGGGUAAAAUGUAACGGACAAGUUCUCUCGAAAAUGCUGUGCUUAAUCUGUUGAAAACCUGUUAUUUAGCAACUUCAGGUCAAUGGAACCUUAGAAAGCUGUCAAAAUUCUUAUGUCCAGCUGACGGAAAGGCACAAUAAAUCGGCCGGUGCACGGGGAGUGUGUACGUUAUCGAUUUAGAAGGAUAACUUUAGUGGGAUUGUAAUACUGACUACCUAGUGGCAUAAUUCUGUGAUAUUUCAGACACAUCAGGACGUUGGAUUUUGAUUCCACUUCUUUUAGGGCACCUUCAAAAAUCACAUUCGAUAAAACUAAUACUUAAUAAAACAAACGCCUUCCUGAUCAUUGCAAUUUUUAUUGAUUUUCGAUGGCCUUAUACAAACGCAAAUAGAUUCUGACAUAUUUUCCAAAAAAAACUCAUCAAAAUAUUACAAAAUGUACUCAUUUGGUAGCAAAUGGCGCCUUCUUCAAGUAUUGUACUGGAACGAAGGGUGUCUUUAGAGUGUAAAGAUUUCUAAUUAUGAGGUUUUUUAAGAUAGUGCAUCCUAUCGGUCUUCGUAUUAAUCAUCCUUGUAGAUUAUGCAACAUAGCUCACAUUCACGGCAAAAUUUUGUGAUGCCAAAUGGUCCCUUUCUAAUUGCACGGAGGAAUGUAUGACUUUCCUUACACAAAACUUAUACAGCGUGUAAACUGAAAACCCUAAACGCAAGUGCGACGGCGGAUCGAGUUUAAAAUUAUUCGGCAGUAGCAAAACUUCUUUCGAACCUAAAGAUGCCAUUUGUUCGAGUAUACUAUUUGAAGGCGUAACUUUUUACCAUGCAAGUACAAUAAGUGAUAUUUUUACGGAGGCUUCCCACCAGAUAUAUUUAAAAUCAAAAGACGUCGAAAACUGAUAAGAAACCGCAGUAAGUAAGUACUUACUUUUUUAUGAAUGUGCUGUUUUUAGGCGACCAAGCUAACGCCCUGGCAUGUCUGAAAUAUCAUGGAUUGUGUCGCGCGAUAAUAAAUACUUUAAAACAACUUAAGGAAUCCUUCUUAAUCAAAAACGCAUUUCAGAACUUCGAUUAUCAUUUCAUUUGUUCGGUUACUAACUUUAGGCUAAAACAACUGCUUUAAGGGGUGCGAUAAGUGCUCCUGCCUUCUAAAUUUUUCACGGUAACCUCCCCAUAUUUCAGACAAACUCGCAUGAAAAGGUCCAUCGACGUGUUAAAACACGUUGAAAACGGGCCCGAUGUAUGACAAGCGUAGGCAGGCUGCUAAGCUUUGUCAAUCAGGGGACCCGCAAUCACCGUCGGUCGUGCCGGCAUUGCCUUUCCAUCGAAAAGAGUUGGAUGGGAGAGGAAGGGCGCUGCGCAAGUCCGCCUCAGCAUAAGCUAGUUCAGGCGCAAAUUGGUCGUUCUGAGCACACUCCGUUUGACGCACAGUGGAAGCCGUCAUUGGUGACGCUUGAACUCCCUAGCGCAUCUGUAGAUCCCGCCAAACCAGUGAAUCAGAGGUCAUAAUUACCCAGCAGCUAGUACAUCGGAAGGACAUAAAACGGAUCGAUCAAACAGUCGGACUAUGCUGCUGGAUCCAGUAAACAAGCCCAGGAGGGGAUUUAUGAAAACUUACAGUGUGUGACCCAUCUCAUGAAAUGUUGGCCGAAAUUCUGAAAUGCGUUUUUGAUUGAGAAGGCUUCCUUAGGUGCAGUUGUAAUACUGAUUAGCUUGCGACAGAAUCCUAUAAUAGUUCGGACUCGGCAAAAUGUCAGCUUUCGAAUGCGUUGCUUUCUAGUCUCCUGUAGAAGCCGAACUUCGCAAGAAAUGACUACUUGAGUAGUAUGCAUUUUUCCCAUUUAUUUUCGGUGCUCUUGGGAAUUCAAAAAUGUCUUAUAAAAAUUACAAGCAAAAAUAUGCUUUCCCCCAGUAGUUUGGUAGAUAAUCACGUCAUUUUUAUAUUUUAUACCCGAAGAAGGAGGAUAAUUAGGUUUUAAAAAUGUUUUUUAAUUCCCGAAUAAUUUGGAACCUGAUCAGUCGGUGAGUUAGUGCUCAGUGAUUUCAGUCUACUAGGUGCAUGCACUCCGCGUAAGCAAAAUCACAUAUUUUUCCAUGCCUUUAAAGGCUAUUAUACAGAGCCCAUAAGAUUUCGCAAUGGAUGCGGACUAUGUUGUACAUUUCAUGAGGAGCAAUGUUAAACGUACAGGUACGAUGCUGUAUGAAUGGACAAUGCACGGUCUUAAAAAAAUUCCCAAUUCCAAACAUUUUUUGAAAUCUAGUUAUACUCCUUCUUCGAGUAUAAAAUAUAAGAGUGGCGUGAGUGAAAGAAGGCAUAUUUUGUUCUUGUUUUCCAUAUAAUAUAUUCGAACUUGCAAGAGCGAUGAAAAUCAGUGGGGAAAAUGCAUGCUACUUAAGCACUCACUUUUUUCCGAGUGCUAGAGAAGACUUUAAAUCAGUGCAUUAAAGGGUUGGCAUCCUGCCGUGUCCCAAAUAUUAUAGAAUUAUGCCUCAAAAUAAUUAAUAUUACAACCGCGCCUAAGUAAUCCUUCCUAAACGAAAGCACAUUUCAGAAUUUAGGUCAACAUUUCAUGAGAUCGGUCACUCACUGUACUUAUUGCCAAAUGAAAGGACUAUCAGUUCCUUUUGUUGAGUUAUUCGGUCCAAUCAUGUUACAACUUUGUUUUUGACCUCUUUAAGGUCUUGGGCCAGUCGAUUUACCGGAUUUCACGUCAGCAGAAGGCUUGGCAUUAAGUUAAGUGAUAUCGAUCGGCUGUUGGCCAUGAGGACAACUGGUCUGCGCAGUCCAAGGUCUUUGGCAGAGCGCAUCAUGUUUUUUCUUAUUCCUAUGGAUGAACUUGACUGAAAGCUUAAAAUGUCAGAGUCCUAACUCACUGGAUCCAGAGAUCGCCUUCUGGAUUUCUGCCCUGAAUAAUUUGCCUCUGUAUUGCUGCCAUCAUCUCCGGUGGUGGGUUGUUCUGUCGGUUUGAAAGAUUAAAAAGUACGCAUAGUCUCGGUGUGCUAACCGUUCUCACCUUUUGUUGGUAAAUUAAUACCUCCUCAGCCAGUAUUUACAACGUUACCGAGCCUAUGAAUCACAAUAAUGAUCAAAAUUUAGGAAACAAAAUCUUUAGACCUCCUGUUUCCAACGGACAAUGGAUUUAAAUAAUGCGAACACGUGGUUUUGUUGAAAAGUGAUAAGAGCAUCCACUUUUAUUGCACAAAGCCCUAAGUCAGCAGGAUGUGGUUUAAAGAUCAGUAGUGACGAUAAAAAUCCGCAUACGACUUCUUCGUUAAAACUGAAUAAAUAUUCUUGUCUUUUAAGAUCCUAUCUGUGUCUAUUCGGAAGUGAAAUUAUUUUCCACCAUUUCAUAAUAAGUAGCCGUUGGAUGCAAGGCCACGCCCACAUGAACACCUGUAUCAUCUGAUCAUUUGCAGGGUUUUUAGUUUGUUAUUGUUCAUUUGCUUGUCUUUUUGAGCUGAAGUUUCACGCAUCUACUAUCAUUCAAAAAUAUUGCGGACAAAAGUUUGAAAUGGCAAAUUUGUAGAAGCAAAGGUACUUGUUAAAUUGCUCCGAAUAGACUUUUGGGGGAUUCAGAAAUAAGCUUUGCAGUGCUUCAUUGCAGUCUGUUUUGUUCGUUUUUUUCAUUAUCCCAUCCUUUCACGCCUACGACGAGCUUGAAAUCGCAAACCAUAGGCAGCUGUAAAAUGUCUUCGAAAACUAUUUGGAAUGGACAUAGGUGUUGCUGAAACUAUAUAUUUCCGGCCAUCAGAUACUUAUGACGUGGAAAAACUCCCGUGGGUGCCCAGAAUGGCCCAGAAUAAUAGCCAUAUUAAACAAAAACCAACGUCAGUAUGUUGCUUAUCCAGUCUACACCUGUGAUAGCACCCUGAACGUCAAAAUAUCCGCACGCCGUAACUAGCGAUCGGCAAAUCAAAAGGUUCUUUUGCCUGACGUUUCUGGUCCACACUCGAACCCAUCAUCAAAAACAAUAAAAGACUGGGGCAGAGGACGCAUAAAGGUUUUUUAUUUAUUAGAUGCCCCUGCUACGCAAUCAUAUACUUGUCUAAAUGACAGUUCGGCCAUCGGCUCUAUGAUGUCCACCGUGUACUCCACAACAAGGGGAAACAGGCUCGAAGACAUGCAUGUGAAUUAGUUUUUGACAAGGGUAGACUUGCGCAGCAUCUACCGCACUCUAUCCUUCUCUCCGCGUGAAGUAGGUAUCAAGACAACCAAGAAGGUCGGAGGUGGGAGAGGGUGCAGAUAGCUGGCACGGCCAAGCCCUUACCUUGGCGCUCCACUCCAGGGUUUUAACCAAUAAUACCAUUAACAGCAAUAACAACGACAUCAGGGAAGAGGCGAAGAUGACUGGCAGCCAUCCUCGCCCAAGCGCAUCUACCGGUAGGGAACCAGGCUAACCAAGGAACCAGCGCCAACCAGGCUAAAUACGGACAUAGUAGACGCUCACGAACCUUAAUCCUAACUAAAUAAGCAUCCCAAACAUUCAUUGCCGAAUGUUAUACUUAGUGCGGCGAUUGUAUGAUGAUCUGCGUUUGAGCCGUCAACUAUGACACUUAUCGCUGAUGUUCGUUAUUGGAGUAAUAAGCACUCCGUCACAUGGUACACUGAUUUAUCCUGAUUGAAGGAUUAAAAUGACCGCUUCCGUUUUUGCAGCUGCUCGCCUACGAUUUAAGUUGGCUGCUGUGGCCUCAAACAGAUGGUGAAGUCAGCUUAGAAGACAAGCCUUGAUUCAGCAAAUGCACGAGUAAAGCCCUACUUAUCUGCGGGCCUCCAUUAUUGCCGUUCUUACGCAUGCUUCGGUGUGCACGUAUUGGCCGGGUAAACUCGUGUUAGGCACAUCCGGACGUGCAGAGCAGUCGUCCAACUCCUGAUUGGCCGUCUGAGUAUGCCCGUGAGGUCGAUGGCUCCGUGUUGGCUUCUGGUUGGAGGGUGGUGCUUCCCAAUCAGAUAGCGCGCAUAGCCAGUUUAGCUGAACAGUUUUAGCUCACUCAUGCGAUCUCCGAUAAACAGUUAGUGACUGUAUGAAUUAACAACAAAUAAUCAAAAAGUUUACCGACCAAAACAGGCACAAUGAAGUCAUGAUUAUUUUUGGCUCAUUUGACGUCAUUAGCCAGUGCUGCUGCCAAAUUGCACUGCCAAGGUUCAUAGACGAAUCUGUUUAAUAUUUGACUCAUAUUCUCAUCACUGUGAACUGGGCUCAUUUCCCGUUGACAGAGGUCGAGAGUAUUCAGGAAUCACAUGACGCUGUCUUGCUCCCAUCUUCACUCAUUUGCGUCUUGCACGUAACUGCCAGGUGACUUCUAAUUAUUUUCCAUCCCUACCGCCAUGGCCUGAGCACCUUAAUGCAGUGAUGAGAGCCUCGCUCAGCAAGCACCUGGCCUUAGUUCACGCCUCGGGUAUGCAACCUGGAAUUGGGAUAGCAUUGGCUGAUGAGAGCAAAUAAAUCAUAAGCGACAAUCUAAGUGUUCCUGUCCUUGUCGAUGAAAAACUUCUAAAUUUGCGAUAAUAACUCGGAAGUGUAGCCCAUCGAUACUGCCACUGACAACGGCGUACAAUUGUACGCCACCUGCACAACCAGUUACUGUGUUCAGACGAAACCUUAGUCCUGAAUAACGAGGGGGACGGUCAGUGCGUUUUCAUGGCGGAUUGGAGAGUGGAGAGCCACGACAGAUGAAGUUCGCUGCUCACACGGUUGGCAUCUGUCAUGAGAAUUUCGGUCUAGUUAAACUUGGGAGAUGUGGUCGGAUACCGCCGAAUGAACCGCGACAUUGGAGCCGAGCCCUCACUGGCGCUGCAUGUUUGAGCAUCUGCCUCCAAGGUAGGCAUCCGGGCUUUCCAACCUAGUUCUUUUACCCGCAACAGCACCAGAUUCAACGGUCGACCCCGAAUGUUUCCUGCUGUAGCAGCUGGUCUUUCGGCCUCUCUGUUUAUCGCCUGAUGGCUGAUUCCGGUUGGUUUGCGAUAAAAGAAGGCGGCUGACGGCUUCCUGGACGUGUACUACGCACGGGAGCACAAGCUGAAACUUGGACCGGUUGGAUUUUGUAUCUUGUCUCGUUUGAGCAUACAGACGUUGGCAAAUUAGCUCGGGUAACCCUUCACUCUAAGCAUCUGUCGGGGGUAUUUUAUUUUGACAAUUUUGUCCUUUGCUUCGCUGCAGUGCAUCUCAACUUGCCGCUAUAGCGUCUGCAUGCUACUGCUUUUGCGACUGGUUCGGGUGAUUGUUGAAAUUUGGUUCUUGCGUCGCUUUCGUCGCUUUAUAAAAAAUCCCAGUUUUUAGGUCCCAACAGAGAGAUCCAGGAAAGCCAGUUGUUUGUUUUCUCCCUUUUGCAUCUCAAAUUGUAUGUCCACCAAGACGGCGUUAGGGGUCUCUUUGAAUACCACCUCCUAGCCUCAGUCGAUGGCACCGAAGGUAUAUACAGAGUGCAGAAUUUCUGUUCGGACCGUUUGAAGAUCAUCGACCUUAACGGCUGUAGUGCUGCCUCUGUUAUAAGAUCUCAAACGUGUACCCAUUGAUGUGUUUUUUUACCUGACCUGUCGAACUUGAGGUACGUCUUAUGACAGAACUUCAGGUCGUGAAGGAUAUAGGUCUGUCUAAGAAUAUUUUCCAUUUAAGCGUAUUUGCGUUUCAGGUGUAAUUCAAUAGUCUCGACUACCAGAUUCUGGGAAAUAGACGUAAAGAGGAACAUGACAGUUAGGAUGACAUGACCUCAUUUAGCAGAAGACUUACCGCUUUAAGUUCCUCAGUAAAUUGUGCUGAUUAACUGCCCACGCUGUCGGAUUUAACGGUCAGACAUUUAAAACACCGAAAAAACCACUUUGCCAAUUCAUAGAUCGGAGGGUUUAUAUGGGACGCGAUGAAACGCAGAGAGGUCGCCUCUUUGUGCACUUUGAGGUGUCCAUGGAAUCCGGUCAAGGCCGCAUUUUAAGUUUUCGUCGUGCGUCGAUCGAUCAGCGAGGCUGUACCUCUAGAUAAAUUUUGCAUGUCAGCAUGUUUACAGGAUUGGUUGCGCAGGGGCGUGGAACUGGCGAUCGGCAGGACACUGGGUCUUGCGCUAAUUUCCAGGGAGAUUAGGAUUACUGUCAAGUUUAGGGCUAUGGUUAGCGUUGGGGCCAAGGCUUAAGUUAGGGUUAGGAUACGGGAAUAUUUACCCUUUCAUAAAAUCAUACGUAUGACCACCUGUACUGCAGCAGGAGGGUACUCAUCUCCCCCUUUUUACCUGGCGAUCGUCCAGCAAUCUUCUUUAUGUUCUUCCUCCUGUCCAGUUCGACGAUGGAACGUCCUGUACCAUGGACAAUAUAACGGAGGCCAUUGUCGGCCUUGAGCUCCCUUAUUACUUUGCGCGGACGAUACUUGAUGUGCGACUAGGUUCUUUGGCUCAUUCAUCGCUUUCGUUUAACUGGGGGCCAACUACACCACUGCGCUCACGUUGGCAGCCUUGGCAUUCGCUGUGUCGGAUGGGCCUCGCGCCAAGUCGCCCGCAUCUUUUCAUCCACACACACCGACUUGGUGCACAGAAAAAACAAGAACCAAGUACAGGACAGCUGCAACUGUCAGUUCUUUAUCUUCAAAAACUGAGAAAAUGUAAAAAACAAUCCGUGUGCUUAACCUAUUUUCCAGGCCCUAAGAAAGCGCUUGUAGGUUCAUCCAAGGCCGAUCCUUGGUGCUGACUGUGACGUCGUAUAAUUUGAUAGACUUAUCCUAUUUGCCAUCUUUAUGCUGUACUUAAGGACUAAGUGCUUCCUGGGUCGAAGAAUUCAGUACAUCUUUGAUAGUUUCACUGCGCCGAUGACCGGUUAAUGGGUUUCGGGAGUACUUACUUACGGACCUAUUAACCUAUUGGCAGAGGGGCCGUUCGAAAGCGUUGAAUUCCCAAGGCUACUACGAGGCUACUUCGACUGAAAUAGAACAAGGCACGUUAUUUGACUUUCACGCUUUACCGCAGAAAAAUCGCUGCUUCCUGCCACAGUAUUAUCGAGCCAAAGUGUUAUGUAGUUAUCAUUCCAAAAGUGAACUAUGAUGAUGAAACCGCGACCACUGAGAACUCUGACGAGAACGAUCAAGAAACAUAGCCACUCUGAUGAACGCGGGAGCCGCUGACUUUUGUGGUCAUGUAUUGCUAUCAAGUCUGCGUCCUAUCGCCAUUGGAUCAUUGUGCGUCCACUAUCUUUAACUGUUGCUGCCCCAAUGAUGGUUUAUUUGUAAAGUUAAACUGGGAAAGUGCUUGUUCCAACGAUCGUGUCCUGUUUCCGGUAAUUGCUCUCUGAAAUUCGCACUCUUGUUUGUGUCGACAAUGGAAAGUGUUUUCGUCACGUGAUGGCAGUGUGCGCAAACUUCACGCCCACAGUUGAUCUCACUUAUUCCGCCUUACAGUCAGGCUUAACUUGAAAACAAAUUAUCUGAGACUUUUUAAACGACGGAAAGGAAAACAACUUGUUUUCAGUUCGUAUGUCCUUGCUUUGACCUCCAGUAUUAGGCAUUCUCGAGUCCAUAAGAGACUUGCCAUAGUGACUGCUCCUGGGUAGAUUAUCCACGUGUAUGUUAAUGAUGUAGGUUACACAUUCUACGUCCCUCAGUAAAACAUCUAAAAUUGCGCAAUAAGAAGAAGUGCAACUGGCCCAGUGAUUUGAAGAGCAAAUUCUUCCAUUAACUGAAGCAAUAAAAUGUGAGUUCAUUUGACUUCCUGUUGUCCUAAAGUCCAGGACGUGAUCUGUCGUCCUUGUCGUCCAGCAGGAUCACAUGUGCGCAUCCAACCGCGCCGAAAUUCGAAGUGAUCGACAAGGAUUACAUCCUUCCCAAGGAAGACGUUUGAUAUGCCACCUAAUGGUCCUCCAAUGUGAUGUUUCUCCCCGACAUCCCCAUAUAACGGCAACAUGAUUCGGUCACCAAAUGGAUAUUUCCAAAAAAUGAACACUCCGGCCCUACUUAAUGCGAGAUAUGUCCCCUAUGAAGGUAUAGUACUAAGUAAAUCAGUGUGUCAGCUUUCAUGAGGAGCUCAUUUUGGCGGCGGUCGCGUUUGGAAGACUUCAAGUGUUGUCUAAUAGGGAUUUUUGCUGUUCGACUGAAAAGUGGAUAAACUCUAGAAAAACACACUGCGAUAAUGCAGCGAGAUACAGGGUAGGAGUGAUUCUCUAGCGAUUUACCCAAACAAGUUUUAUCGGUCGCACUGUUUUCUCUUGCCUCUUGAAAGCAAAAGAGAGUUAAAGAGGAGUGGGUCGAUGCAAUAGUACCUAUUUGCGAAAAUGUUUCCUAUCGUUGCAUUGGAUGAGCUGGGCUUCAAGUUUUUGUAAAUGGUUUUACUUGACUAAAAUAUUCGGAAGAUAGAAGACCAAGAGAAGCGAUUUUACAUAAUUUUCAACGGCUGCUUGCCUGGUGCAAGCGAAUGCCUAACUAUGGUUAGUGACCUAAUUAAAGGACAAAAACUUCAAUGGGUUCACAUACUCAGGUGUCAGUCAGCGAAUAAUAAGUUUGAAAAGCAUCGGCACGCGUAAACGUAAAAGUUCCAUGUGGUGUAUAUUAAGAGAAUUUUUCUUACGCCAGAUUUAUUUGCGGUUUUCUGAUGGUUGUUUUCGUCGAGUUGUAGAUCAAAACUUUAAAAAUUUGAUAGCUUUUGAAAGCAUUUACAGAGUCAGUGUAUGGGCAAUCUUCUUCACGCAGAUGGCCGGUUAGGUCACACAUUAAGACUCAGCCAGAUAUGAAACCUCAUUGUCGAAAAAUACCAACUCCCAUAACAAAAGUCGGCGACCAAUAUGCUUUGAAUAAGUUAAAAAACCUUCUCCAAUAAGUAGCCUACUAAGAUGUGCUUUAAUACUGUAUUCUUCUGGCGGAUGUCCGUGUUAUCUAUCUUUUGACACGACAAACGCAGAAAAAGUUGAUAUUUUCAACCGUUUCUUUCGCGUUGUUAAAAGGUAUAGGCAAAAACCGGACCGCACAAAAGUAUGUUUUCGUAUAUUCAAACUUUACAUUGCCGUUCGAUGGUAAUUGGUUUGACGGUCACUCAAAGCGCAUUCUCAAAUGGCAGGAUAUUAUUGGUAUGUUCAACGAAGGGAUUACCUAUAGACGUUACUAAUGGAUUUUGGGGCAUGAAGUCUGUUUUCCAAAAUAAACAAAACAUGGUUUUUCAAAAAAAAAUAACCUGCUUGUUCGCAACCUGCUUUCUGCGGUUAGUCUUACAAAAAAACCGAUUUUCAUAGGCGGUAUGUUCUGUUCAGUAAACCUGAUGAUGUUGAAUUACUCUCCUUUCAAUCAAAACACGCUCACAUAAACGGUCGAAGUCUAAGACUGCUGAUAACAUGAAAAAUUGCCCCAAUGUAGGGUAACUUGGAUUUUUGCUCAAAUUUAUAAACUUUCGUCUGAUAGAAUGACUUAGGCGCGUAGUCUUUAGGAAAAAAAGGACAUUUUUUGAAAGACGCUGGACAAAUGAGCAAAGCGCAUAACGCUUUAGGUGCUUAGAAAUUACCGCCCCAGUGCCCGUCAUCACACUUCGUGAGUUAGGUCACAUACUGUAGUAAUGCAGCUAUGCAGUAGCCACUUAACAUACUUUAUCUUGUUAUUCGUCCUAUCCUUUUGAGCUUCGAUAUUCCGAAGAAACAACUUCGUGCUGUAUUCUAGAGGCAUGUGGCACUUUAACUUCACUGGCAGUUAAGCAGUGCCAAAACUUACAAAAUAAUCGGAAGGAUUGGACACACGAAUAAGUUUCCUCCGUAUUUCCGAGGGUUUUUGGCCAAAUUCCAGAAAAAUUAGUUUUUCACCUUCCCCCAACUUUAACCCUAACUUUUUUCCUAACCGUCCUAGAAUUUAACGUGAAACCACCUGUAACACGAUGGUAUUUACCUUUACUUUUUACCACGGGAAUCUCUAGUUUUUUGCACAAAUGCCGAAAUAGACAAAUUUUAAAGGACGCCUUUUUAACUCCAUGAAUGAUCGAUACCCCGGAAACUAAUUUUACGAAAGCGCAUCUAUAUUGGCAAGCUAAACCUAGGGAGGUGUCAGCACUUUGCAGUAAACUGAUCCUAGGUCGUGCAAAAUGGCCUCAUAUAAGGUAUGCGCACAUUCUGGCACAAUGACUGACCUAAAAAGUGUAGCAUCUUGAACUCUUCAAAAUCUUUAAUCAACUUCUUUGUGAAAGCAUUUAUUUUGAGUAAGAGUUAAGGUACCCCAUCAGACGGGCAAUAGACUAGACGGUCGGGAAGAAUUUCCAUAUCCAACUAAAAAUCCUAGUUUUCAACGGAGCAUUUAUACACAGACAGUCCAAGCCACAUUCGGCUAGGGCGUUUAUCAAACACGCAUUGGCAAAACACUUUAGUAAUCAUGCUUUGGACCGUAUUGGUAAUCGCCAAUUAACUUGCCUAAAGUUCAGAACGUAACUGAAUCUAUGAAUAUGUGUAUUUCAGCUAGUGCUUAACUCCAAUAGCGAUUGCAUAUUGAAAUGCUUAACAACUUAAAGUGUCUAUUCGGAUGUGCAAUAGGUGUGCUAACUCAUAAAAUGUUAACUGAAAUUCUGAGAUGUGUUUUCGGUUCGAAAAGAUUACUUAAGUGGGUUUUAAAAUUACUCAUCAUGCAGCCUAAUCCUUCAAUAAUUCAGUUAUCUGGGGGAUGCUGGCUUUUGAACAAACAUGUUCCCGGCCGCAUACAACAACUGAACUUUGUGAAAGACGACUACUUAAUUAGCGUGAAUUUUUCUCAAUGAUUUUCGAUGCCCUUAAAAAUUCAAUCAUACUUAAUAGGAACCAUGCAGAAAAAUAUUCACUCUUUUAUUCAUUCAAUAAAAAAACAAAGUCUUUUUUAUUUUUUUACUCGAAGAAAGAGUAUAAUCGGUUUUAAAAAAGUUUCUCAAUGUGAGAUUUUUAAUAUCGUGAAAUGUCAGUUCAGGAAAUAUCGUGCCUCUGCAUUUACGAAUGUUGCUCGUAAACUUUACAAUAUGGGUCAAAUCCACUGCUAACGUUUAUGAACUCCAUAUGGUCUCCGUUUAAUAUUGUAGAGAAAUAAGUGCUUUUCCUUAGUGUGAAAAUAUACAUUUUAUAGUUUGUAAAUCCUGAAUGCAAGUUUAACGGCAGGUGGGAUUCAAAAUUACUCGGGAAUUAGAAAAGUUUUUGAAAACCGAAUUACACUUUUCCUUUGGGAAUAAAUUGAAAGAAGACGUAACUUUCUACCGAAUGAGUAAAAGACUGAAUAUUUUCAUGCAGUUUCCAUUAAAUAUAAUUAAAAUUUUAAGGACAUCGAAAAUCAAUGAGAAAACUUCACGCUACUUAAGUAGUCGUCUUUCGCAGUUUUCAGUUGUUGUAUGCGGCCGGAAACAUGUUUGUUCGAACGCCAGCAUACCCAGACAACUGAAUUACUAAAGGAUUAUGAUGCAUGAUAGGAAAUUUUAAAUCCACCUUUGUAAUCUUUUCAAGCCGAAAACGCAUUUCCGAAUUUCGGUUAACAUUUCAUUAGUUAGCACGCUUACUAUAUCUCAUGUUAAUGAUAUCAGGUAAAGCGUUGGACAAAAACGUACAUUUUUAGAAACGAAAAAGAUCAUACCUAUCAUCAAAAUUCAGUAACAAACUCAUGGAAAAGGACGAAAGGAGUACUAUCGUUCUGCAUUCACUCGAAUCGUGUGGCGAAAAUGGUGACUGACCUACUAUGGAUGAUAUAUUUCGCAUUUUCGAUUCCCUGAAGAAUGCUGGGAGGAGCAGUUCAUCUUAACUGGUCUUUUCUGCCCUUCCUCGGUUAGGGGGAAGAUAUGGAUCACGCGGACGGCUUCAACUCCAGCAGCGGUAGCACCUUCAUCACUACUGAAGAUAGGUAUCGCAGGCACAAAAGAUCCUAUGCUGAUUUGGGCAGAGCUCUUACGCCGCCGUCGGUAUGUUUCUUACUGUUCCAAAAAUUUGCAGUUUAUUGUUUACUGCAUGCUUCCUUAUAAUCAGGAAGUCACUUGUAAAAUAAAGCCAUAGCGUGUAUUAGAAAAGCACUUCUCUUUGUUGUAGGGGUGAUAAGCGUCAAUAGUGCGCAGUGGGUAUUCAUGUGACUCAUCUAACUUUUUUAUUUUAAGGCAUCUCUUACUACCAUUAAUAGCCGUGUUUACUGUUUUAGCAUAUUAGCUGUCUCCAGAAUAAAAUUCUUCUAAUGUAAAAGCGACUUUGCGAAGUUUUAAAGCGCAAACAUCGAAUAAGGUUGAUAUAGAAACGAAGGUCAGAAUGUCAUCUUCGGAAGUAAGUCCACGACAGUCCGGAUUGGUGCUACUGAUAAGCUCUACUUUUGUCAACGUGUGGUCCACAGACACUCAAGUCCAUGUGAUCAACACGACCAUGCUGUUGGUUGUGGCAGUGGGAUUUUUGAGACCGCAUCCCCUCUGGGGUCCGAAUCAUAAAAUAAAAAUGACCAGUCCCUAUAAAGCAGCACAGCUAGACUAACUCACACGAUUUGCGAAUUCCGUUACUCUUUCCCUAGCCCUGACUGAUAGUUACUAGAUUUGCACGACGCACCCAGUCCUCGAAUACGCCACGCCAGACUGUCGAGGUGUGGUUCAUAGUCCUUAUUCACUUUUCAGAACAAGCUGAUGGUUGCCCUAGAGGGUGAGAGUCUGCGUAGACAACUACAAGAGCGACGAGAAAUUAUGUCCUUAAACAGAGAAGUUUUUACACUGGGGCGGUCAGCCAAUCACAAAUUUCCAUCACCGACUGAAAAUCUACCUGUUUUACGGGCGAGUUCUUAGGCAACUUGGGUGUUACGGUUUAUAUAUAGUAGCUGACCUAUCUCCUAAAAUGUCAACCGAAAUUCUAGUAUACGUCUAUAAUUAGAAAACGCUAUUUGGGUAUGGUUGCAGUACUGAUUGUCCCGCAAUAAAAUCCCGAGAUACUCUAAUCUUGCUAAGAUACGGUUUUUAACUGAUCUUUUAUCCCGGUCGCCUGCAAAAACCACACUCAACAAAAAAAGUGAUUAUUUAUUUACUGUGGGCUUGCAUAAUUGGAUUUCGACGCCCUUGGAAAACCUAACUAUAGUUUAUGGAAAACAUGCAGAAAAUAUGUCUUUGUGUGCUUAUUUAGUAACACAUUACGUCCUUCCAAAGUGUUAUACUAAGAAAAAUGGUGUCAUUCGGUUUUCGUGAGUCGACCGUGAAUUUUCCUUUCAUACAGUAUUCAAUCUGUCUUUUCCCCGCUGCUGCUGCUUAGUAAAUUUACAUACUGGUUUGCAUCCGCCGCGGAUUAAAAAACACUAUAUGACUUCUUACUGGCAUAUAGAAAUAUGUAAUUCUCUUUUCACAGUAGGUAUUCAGAAGGUAGUUUGGAAAUCCUAGGCGCAAGUGUAACGCCUUAAAUAAGACUUUAUUUAUUGCGAAGGAAUACAAGAAAGAAUACUGUCGUGCACGUUUUCUAUAAAAUAUAUUUCGAUUAAAAACGCGCCGAAACUCAAGGACAAAAUGCAUACCGCAUAAGCAGUCAUUUUGUCAUGUAUACUUUGCAGGAGAUAAAAAGAAGCUGUUUUAAAAGCCGACACUGGCGUGCCCGAAAUAUGUUUGGGUAUGUUUCGCGAUUAUCAAUAUUACGAACCCAAAUUGGCAAAGUUGAGAGAUCCGGGAAGAUUAUUUGAAGAAGAAGAAAAAAAAGAAGAAGAAGAAGAAGAAAGUAGGCUCUCUGGAAGCAGUUAAAUAUACCUGUUCCGGAGAGCCUAUUUUGUUCUUCAAAUUACAAACGUACCUCAGUGAUUUUCUUUAACUUAAGGUAGAUUUCGGAAUAUCGAUUAAUGUUCCUCGAAAAUAACCAGGUAUUGUAUAUACUGUUGACUGUCAUCGCCUCCAUAAAUGACUUUAGAACAUCUGAACUCAUGCAUGUAAAAUACGGUCGUCCUUUCAAACCCUUGUGGCUAUCUUCUGCAUUCUGAUUCUAGCGUCGAUGGCUGGACGGUGAUGAACAUCUGCUCGAUCCGGUGCUUAUGACGCAUCUUAUAAGCCCCACGCUGUAUGCGUGAACAUUUAAGGAUUGUAUGUGUACGCUAUGCUAUUAUUUAGCCACCCAUGGCCCUCGCCGCCUGGUGUGCGCUGGCAGUUCUCUGACACCCCGUUCCCUGCCGGUAGAUGCGCUUGCGUUCUCGUUGGAUAUGCAGGUGGUGAGCAUGGCUGCCUAGUUAUCCUCCUCUUUCUGACUCGUCGUGGUCUUGUUGUUGGUUAAAAUCCUAGUCAGGUGUUUGUUGUGGACAGGGGGUGUAGUGGUACGCCUAGAUGAGGGUCCAACGGCACCGGCCAUCUGCGCCCUCUCCCACCUCCGGCCUUCAUGUCUUGACACUGGGUUCAGACGCGGGAGGAGGAGAGAGUGCGAUAGAUGCUGCGCAAGUCACUGUGUCUGCUCCCACCUUGCUGUGGACUACACUAUCGUCGCUGACGACGGUCGGACUAUGAUGCCUGCGCAUGCUCUUUUUCCUGGUUUUUUGCUGCAUGAAUGCAGAUGAUGUUCGAAGCAGCUCUCUAUCAAUCCACUCUCAUUCUCUGUCGCCUCCCCUCGAUUAUAUAUCUACCUGAAUAAUAUACCAGUUUUGCUGACGGUGUAACGCUGGCCUCUUUUAGUUCUCUGACGUAGAUGAGAUGGAGGCCGAAUAUGGACUGCCAGUUAAUCACAGUGUCGCCUCCGACCCAGCCCAGCUGGACGCGCAGAGAAGACAAAAUCGGAUUCGUCACUCCAUAGCUGGAAUGUUCCAGAAAAUGAAACGUACCAUGUCGACGUAUUCGGUAGAGAACGUACGUUCGUGAAGGAAUGCGCAAAUUUAAGUAAAGAUUUGUAAGAAAAUCCGCCACUGUUUUGUGAUCACGUUUGACUUUUUAUAUAGGGAUUUCCGGUUACUCUAACAUUACGUUUGUAUGUUAGUUUUAGCUCUAUCCCUUUAAUUAUUUUUUGUUAUGACAGGGUUUUUAAUAAACUUCCAGAAAGUGUGUGAUCGUAACCUCAACUUCUGUGCCGACAUUUAAAAAAAGCCACUAAUUGAUACCAAUGCACUCAUCCCCACGGUGCGGACUUAGGUCGGAAAGGCAAAGAUUCUCACGUAACAAAUAGAUGAAAUUGUUGAACAUAAUUGAAAAAAUCUCAAUUUUUAUGCAUAUUCCUUGUUAGUUCGUUGGUUCUGGUAUGAAGGGUGAACUUUUAUUUUUAGCAAAGUGGCUUUAUUCUGGCCAAGUCACUUACGAUGUCAUCCAUAGAUUAUAUGAUUAAAAAGCUAAUUGUACACUUUGUAAGUGACUGAUACGCACUGUAUGUCAUAAAGUUUACUUUCAUUUUCGAAAUGAAUGACUUUAAGAAACAAGGCUUUGAAACUUCAUAUAUUUUUUGCCGUGAAAUUAGGCGCUCGGGGCGGCUUUUCAUCGCUUAUGAUACUAGAACUUGCUUAUGCAAGUGACUGUGAAUUUCAGAAUGCUUCAGCAAUAGUAACCUUGUUAUGCGAAUGCUAAGCUCUUCGGUCAUUCGCAAGUGGAAAAUACAGCUAAUUCGUAUUCACGUUGGUUAACUCCAUUCCUCGGAUCUUGAGCAGACGAAAUGCCAAGGUAGAACUUCUCCUAAAUUACUUGAAACACGCGAAAAUUAAACCGUGAAAAGUAACAAAGCUUGGGGCUGGAAGAAGUUUGUAUUUCAACGGUCAAAUUUCAGCCUUUACUUAAAAAAAAACAUUGCAUUUCCCCUUUAGAGCACCGAGGUCAACCAAAGGCUCAUUUGGGGCAUCAUGUUGAAGCUGAAUUCUGCUAGACUUAAAGGUGAGAGGCCAUUGUUUAUAAUGACCUAUAUACGAGUGAAAGCAAGUCUGAACAUGUUUAACCGCAGUUUUGACCGCAUAAACCGGCAAAAUCGACCAAGACCUGGUUUCUUUGGCCAAAAUUCAUUCUAAUUAUUUAUGUGGACAAGUUCCAGAACGCGAUUUUCAUAUUCCGGUAAGAUUGCGGCAGAUUUCAUUGCCUGCCAGCGACUCUCGCUGAUCAGACACGCAGACAAUCCUCUUUGAAGGUUGGCGUCAUCUGUGUACAAAAGUUAAAGGCGGAAAUGGCUCUAAAUAUGUUGCUUACUCAAGGAAUAUAAAGAAUCCUUCUGUCCGUAGAUUGCAAACACGUUCAAGAAGGCUGUUUAAACCGUGCUUGCAAAACUAAUGACAUGCCACUGAACAUCACGGUGUAGUCGAACAUGUUUAAUCACAUGCGACAGAAUCCGCGUCCUGUUACCAGCGGGUAAAUCGUUCUACGAUAAGGCGCAGAAAUGGGAACCCCUCUCCUAUGUAAUACAGGUGGCUUAACGGAAAAUUCCAGGACGGGUACAUAUUCCUAUGUUCUAACCCUAGCUCUGACCCUGGCUCGAAACCCAAACUAAACCCUAGCCUUAACCCUCGCUCUAAUCCCCGUGCAAAUUAACACAAAGUCUCGGAAUAGGCGGGGUAUUUCCUAUCUCCGCUCACACCUUCUUCGAAUGCGGCUGAAGUAAUGAACAUUGCAUUGAAAGUGGCCUAAAUAAUCCCCUUUUCUCUCUCAUCGUUUCGUUGGUGUGGAAAACUUAGCAAUGCAAGAAAGGAAUCAAUCUCAUCCGGCAAACCAAGUCCAACUGGUGGAUUUUAUUUAAAAAGUAAAUUAUAUCAAAGGAUUAAAAGAAACUGUGAUGCAUUUCUAAUGUUUACAUCGGUGUAACUGGCUUAAAUUCAAGUUUAAAGCUGCCUAUACUCGAGACGCGGAUGAUUUCCUCUAACAAUCUAAAAUUUGCUAGGUUUCUCUGAUCUACUGCUUUUUAUAUCAGCCUUCUCACCUUCUUAUGGUAAAACUUCGGCAAAUAAUGUAUGCUGGACCACGCAGGAAACCAGGUUUAAACUCUGUUUUUCUUUAGCCAAAGAAAACGUUUAUGUGAGAAUUGUCCACAAUGAUGUAGUCAUUGGUAAAACGAGGACCUGCACCAACACAAACCAUCCCAAAUGGGACGAAAAAUUCAAAUUUAAGUUGGACGAAACUGAAAAGCUUUUGGAGGUUGGUGUUUUAUUUUAUUGUUUUUACUGAAUUUUUUGUGAGAAAAGCAAGUCUGUGUAGGAGAGCUCGGUUGUUAAGUUCUUCCAAGUAUUUUUCUUAAUAUUAUUGGCGGUAUUUAGACUGAAAAAUGAUUUUAAUAUCUUCGAAUAACACAUUUAUUGAGUUCUCUUAAGGUUUAUAAGUUUGGGGUUACUUUCAUAAAACUGUAAGUGUACGCGGAAGCAUCCAUUUCCCGAAUCAGAUAUCUGAUCUUUUCAAUGUUUUCGAAUUACAUAGACGUUACACGGUUAUUCCGCCAAAACUGAUAUAACGAGGCGUAAAUGCUUAUAGCAAUCUUUGAGAUAAACCUGGAAUGACCUGUAUCGCUGACCCAAAAUUUACAGGUUACUUUCCGGGGGAAUUAAAGAACUUAGAAUAUAACUCUUAACUAUAUAACCGUAGUUGGAUUGAACAUAAACAGUUCCUUUAGGCACCUAACAGCGGCCCCCAACUUUCUUAAAAUGUCACCUUAGGCGUCGUAUUUGCAAAUAUAUUGAUUUUUAUGGGAUAUAUGGCGUAGUCUGACUUGUGAUCUAAGUACUAAUGUAUGUUUUCACAAUUCAUUUUACUUACACAUCUAUAUCAAAACAUUUUUAUAUUCAGGCAGAGUAACACUCAUUUACUCAUUCUGCGCUUUUUAGCUGCAACUGGUACAAAAACAUUCGCUUAGGAAUGAUAGAAUACUCGGGCGUUCCUUCAUUGACUUGUUUGCGAUUGAGACGUAA